AUGACGAGCGUGCGGAGUGACCGCAGCUACCUCCGCCCGAGCGAGUCGCACUACCGGGCAUCUGAAGCAGAGAACGAUCGGCGGCCCAUCAUCAGCGACGUCAACGACGUGAGCCUCCUCGCCGAGCCCUCGGUGCGGGCCAAGAACACGAUGUGGAAGCUCGGCCAGCGCAUCACGUACUCGGCCGAGGCGCGCUUCUUCACGUUCCUCGGCCAGCUGCUUGACCGCGAGCAGAGCGUCAUGGACCCGCGCCUGCCCGGCUUCAAUGCCAACAACGCAUCGUUCUUGACGCCGCUGCCGGACGCCAACAACAGCCAGCGCAUCCAGCGCCACCCGACGCUCUACAACGCGCACAACGCCGUGCACUUGCCACCGCUGCCGCCUCUCGACUUUGCGCCCACCAAGUACCGCAAGCGCCCGCGCAGCAUGAGCUUGACCAACUACCACCGGUGGUCGCACGACUUUCCAUCGAUCCGCCCGGGCAUGUCGGUGCGCGUCGUCCGCGCCGAGCGCACCCACGACGGCGUCGCACAGUACGUCAUCAACGUCGUCGAUCUGCACACAAAGGUGCUCUGGGUCGUCCGGAAGCGCUUCCGGGACCUCUACCGCUUCCGGAAGGAGGUCAAAGCGCUUUGCCGCGCCAGCCCGUACGGCGACCAGCUCAAGUACCUCUUUGACAUUCCGUUUCCGACGCGCAGCGUCGUGGCGAAGGCGCCCGAGAUGAUCCUCCGCCGGCGGCUGGUCCUCGAUACCUUUCUGCGCAACAUUGCGUCGCUGAACCCCGACACGCCGUUGCACGUGGCGCUCUGCACGAUCGAGUUUAUCCGGCGCCUCGGGGCCAUCGACCCGUACGAAGACCCGACCGACCUCGAGCUCAAGUGGCUCGCGUUCGACUUGUUUCGGAACCUCAACAGCUGCUGCACGAUCGAGGGCGACACGUGCCAGCGCUUCGUGCACGUCUUCCGGAACCGUGUCGCCGUCGUCCAGGCCUGCGUCGUCGCGAUUGCCGUCGACCACAAGAAGCUGGCACGUGACGCGCUCCGGGACCUCCGCCGCGUCACGACGCAGAUCGAAAAGUACGUGCUCGACACGCUCGAGCCGCAGUACCGGCGCACGAUUGCAGCCGCACUGAGCGACUCGCACACGAUCGAAGCUGUCGACGACGCGAUCGAGGAGAUUGUGCACGUGACGGUCGAGGACGCGGUCAUGGUGCCGCUCCAGGAGCAGAUCCAGUACCUCGUGCAGCUCACGAUCGACCACGCGCUCGAGGCGACCGUGACGCAGACCAUGGAGCACAAGCUGUUUGGCAAGUCGCAGACGUUUUUCGGAAUUCCUGAGUCGCUCCAAUCGGACUCGAACUGGGGCAAGGCCUGCUACCACUUGAGCAUGAUGGAGGAGCGCAUGCUGCCGUGCGAGAAGCUCAAGGAGCUCGUGCUCUCGGCCGGCGAGAUCUUCCGCGCGUGCCAGGAAAAGGGUUUUGCGUACACGGAGAGCAUGUCGGCCAUGAACGCGGACGACUUUCUGCCGAUUCAUAUUUACGUGGUCGUGCACUCGGGGCUCCAGCGGCCGUACUUUGCCAAGGAAUUCCUCGGCGCCAUGAUCCACCCGUCCAAAAUGCUGGGCGAAACCGGGUACUUCCUCACCAUGUUUGAAGCCGCGCUCAAGUACGUGACCGAGAGCAUGUCGGAUCCGUAG